AUGCCCCGCUGCGCCCUGCACCUCUUCAUCUACCUAUGCGCCGUCCUCUCGAUCCUGGCGCUCGUUCAAAUCUCGCUGAUCUCGUACGGGAGCCCUGACCCCGACCGCUAUGAAGUCCACGAUGGGGAGAAGCCAAAUGACAACCUCCACUUCGAACUGAAAAAGCAUCGACUCCCUAAAUGCUUGAUCAUCGGGGCCAGAAAGGGAGGGACUCGUGCACUGGUCGAUUCACUAGCCCUACACCCUAUGAUCAAAGCGGCUAGGAGGGAGGUGCACUUCUUCGACCGGAACGACACUUUCGUCAGGGGUAUCGAUUGGUACAAGGAGCAGAUGCCGCUCAGCUUUGCGCACGAGGUCACCAUCGAGAAAACGCCGGCAUAUUUCCCGUCAUUGGUUUGCCCUCGGAGGGUUUAUGAGAUGGACCCAAAAAUGAAGAUUUUAUUGAUACUCCGAGAGCCGGUGGUGCGGACGAUCAGUGAUUUUACGCAGGUCUACUACAACCGCCUUGAACUUGGCAAAUCACUGCCUCAAUUCGAGGACGUCAUCUUCCAAAAUGGCACCAAUCGAUUGGCCACAAACUACAAGCCGCUACGGAAUUCGUUGUACGAGAUACACCUCAGAAACUGGCUAAAAUACUUUCCGCUCUCACAAAUCCACGUGGUUGAUGGCGACAAAUUCGCGAUGGAGCCGCUGCCGGAGCUCCGCGCCAUCGAGAAGUUCCUGGGCCUUCCAAGUCAAAUCGAAGCCGCUUCACUUGUCUGGGAUCCGCACAAAGGAUUUUUCUGCUUUCGAAGGAGCGCCGGAAGAGCUGUGCACUGUCUUGGAGAUUCUAAGGGUCGUGCUCAUCGCCCAGUCUCCCCAGCCACUCGUGAGAAGAUGAGAAUCCAGCUUCUCCCCUAUAACUCCAAACUUUUCGAGUUAUUAGGUCGAAGAUUCCGGUGG